ACAAUAUUUUGAAUUGCUCCACUUUUAAUGGGGAGAAUUAGAAGAUGUAACGUUUAUGUGAAGUAACACGUUUGUUUGUUUUUUUUUAUAUGUAUUUUUUAACGUGCUUCUGCUAACGUUACUUAAACGGCCAGCUAAGAUCCCGUUUAUGCUAGCUCUGAAUGAAUAGUAUUUGCAUUAAAUCAGUAGGUGCUGUGUGAUUACUGAUGAGCUCCCAGUCCAGUCAGCCUGGCAGUAUGCCCACCGCUCCGGAUUCUCCAUCACUCGGUGUCACGGUCAGUGGCAAUGUGCAGAAAUACAGCGUGAAAAAGAAAAAGGUCCUCAACGCUGAAGAAGCUGAGCUGUUCGAGCUCACUCAGGCUGCUGGAAUAGUCAUGGACCAGGAGGUCUUCAAGAUCAUUGUGGACCUCCUGAAGAUGAACGUGGCCCCUCUAGCUGUAUUCCAGACUUUGAAAGCAAUGUGUGCAGGUCAAAAGAUUUCUGACACGAUCGCCCCAGACUUAUCAACUGCCACUGAGGCCAGAGAAGAGGACCCUAAGGUCCCAGACAAGAGUGCUAAAAAAGCAACCCCCCAGGCCCCACCCACUGCUCCCGCUUCCCACUCUCAAAGGGCCGGGUCUAAAAUAGUGGUCUACAGCUCUGGGGAACAGAGCUCUCCUCUCUCUCAAGUGCGCAGUAAAUCAGGUACGGGCCAUGCAGAGAAGCGCGAGCAGAGAGUGCCAAGGCAGGCAAGCGCCACCAGGGGGCAGAAGAGUGCCAAGAGUUCAGGCAGCAGCAGCUCAUCUUCCCAGCUCACCUCUAACUAAAACACCUAUGCAUGAUCUCAGCUCAGCCUGGACUUCCAUGCCUGCGAUGUGGGAACUAAACGUGAUCCAGAUUCAACAUUUCUUUCCUGGAUGCUUUGUUUGUCUCGAACAUGGGGGUUAUUUUAAUCCUAAAACAAUCCCCAUAUUUUUUUUAUUUAUUUAUUUGUUUGUUUUACAGUGAUGUCAGAUGAGUGGUGAUGACACUGAUUAAGAGGAUUUUUUAUUUAAUGUAUAAUAAAAAUGAACAAAAUGUAUAGGUUGGAAUAAAAAACAUAUAUCAGCCUCCUCGAUAAGCUGUUUUAUCUGCAUGACAUGGGUGACUCCUGGACGGAGUUGCAGUAUAAAGAUAAAAAUGGACAUACCGGUAUAUGAGACUUAUUGAAUAUGUAGAGGACAUUCUGUACAUCCCAUUUGUUGGGAGUUUGAAUACAAUGCUUGAUAAUUUCAUGGUAAUUAAGUGUAUCUACUUUUGUUUGUAUCUUGAAAGAAACCAUUCAUUUUUAAUAAAAGUUUUUCUACAGUGUAAA